GUCGUCGUAUUAUUUUCUCAGGUACAACUGAAAUGUGUCUAUGAUUCAAACUGAAGAACGUGAACAUAGCGUUUUCAUAUCUUGGUCAAAAAUCACCUUUAGGGAACGUGUUACCUUCAAGUGUUCGCUGUAAAUGUUAGUACACAAACAUGCCAUUUUCCCACAAUCCCUAGCGGCGCAGCUACACCACAAAUUUGAUGAAGGAGCAACGUUGCUACACUGGGUGUCUCUCCACCAAUUUGAAAUAGUCCUUCUGUCAAGAUGAUGUGCGACACCACAAACCGAAGUUUUAGGACCCAGUUGGCCGCGAUCCUGGAGAAGCUAACGAAGGCGGCUUUGGUGGAAAUAGGCAACCUGGCUGAUGAAUGCUCCUCCGUCCUUCACACCGAGAUCUCCCUUCACAAGUCGGAGAACGAAGCGCUGAAGAAAAGGUGUUAUUCUCUGGAGGUCCAGCUGAGAGCCGCCAGGGAGGCACAGGCCUAUCCCGCACACAGUGUCAGCCGGCGGCACCCUGCAGAACAGCAGCAGGCUGCACCGGCUAUUGAGGGUGUCUUUGGAAAGGACUGGUGCAUGGACCUGUGGAGAGAGGAUAAACUCCCCUCUCAAAGGAAAGGCACAAUGGAUCCAGCAGCCAUGACAAGCAUCGGAGCACAGGCAAUAGACUUGAUGGAGAGAGAACCUGAUCUUAUCUUUGUGAAAGAAGAAAUAUAUGAUGAACAUCCCAUUGGCCAGAUGAGGCUCACAGAUAACAGAAAAAUUGGACUUUUUGAAGAGGAAGGCAUGAUUCACAGAUCUGUUGAUGAGAUGCAGCUUCAGUCUGGCGACAUGAACAGCUUCUCCAUGACAACAGGGAGUCAAGCAGUCCAACAGUGCACACAGCCAACAAUUAUGGACAAGUUAAUUGAUGAUGCUACAGUGAGUUCAUUGGUUGACAAUACAAAUCCUCCUUCAGCUAUUUCAGAAUACUUAGACUAUACAAACGAUAUCCCCAUUAUUGCAAGCAAAGAACUCACCAUUCAGCCGAACGCUAUGAAGCCAACCAAGCGGUUUGAGUGCUUAUUCUGUGGGAAAAUAUUCAAUUACCUGAGCAGUUUAAAGGUGCACAUUAGGCGACACUCCGGCGAGAAGCCAUUCAGUUGCUCUGUAUGCGGGAAGCGCUUUGCGCAGAAAACGUACCUGAAGCUGCACCAACGUGUGCAUUCGGGGGAGAAGCCAUACAGCUGCCCUGACUGUGGCAAAAGCUUUUCCCAGAAAAGCUCCCUAAAUAUUCAUCUUCGAACACACACCGGGGAAAAGCCUUACAGCUGUGUGGAUUGUGGAAAAUGUUACGCCUACAAGUAUGGCUUAAAUCACCACCAGUGUUUUGAUUGGUCAAACAAACGCAUAGAAAGUUUGGUUGUUGGUAAGGCAUCCAAUUGUGAUUUUAAAUGAUUUCAGUAUUGCUCAGAAUGGCUCGAUAAGUGCUUAUGUCUAUACAAGGCUCAUUAAAAUGUAGAUUUAUAAUAGUCUAUGUCAAAGGUGAAAAACCUGAUUUUGUCUGGUGUAUUAUUAGCAGUAGAAACAAGAGAAAUGCUGCAACAGCCAAACGUUCAUGUCCACGAGCAUGUACAUGAAUGCCUUGAAACGUUGAGUUUGGUUCAUUUGAAAGGUUUGGGGUUGAUACCAGUUUUCUGUCAUGGAUCAGAUGAGCUAUAUUGGUUGAUAUCUAAAAUAUUUUACUCAUGUUGUUCAUGCAUGUUGUCAUAUAGGUGGUGUAAUAUGUUAAAUACACACAUACAUACCUCAGUUUCAUACGUCGGGCCACAAAAGGCCUGUGUUAAGUGAUGCCAAAAGAAAUAUGUGACAAGUGCUACAUUCUUUGCACACAUACAACUUAAGCUUUACAACUACCUCUUCACAACAACAUAGAUAUUGAACAAUUCACUUUUUUCAUGGCUCAAGUCUUGUUUGUGUUUCCAUUAGCUAUUUAACAGGAUAGACACAGGAUGGGAAAACGUGACUGAAUAUUUCAGUGAAGCAGUCACAGAUCAUUCAGAUAGGUUGGAAUAAUUGUUCUGGUCUAAACCGAACCUCUGUUACUAAAUAUGUCUUUGCACAGUGAAGACAAAUGUUUCUACUUUUUAACCAUUUCUGUUUAGAAUUGUCUGUAAUAUUGUUUCCCCUGAACAGGCUACGCUGUAAGUAACAACUUGUGUGGACUCUUAUAUGGACAACAUCUUCCUCAGUGACAGAAAGAUGUGCAUUUUGCAGGUUGUUAAAGUUUAAAAUGUAAAGAUGUCAAAUUUUAAGCAACCUAAUUUUAGAUUACAAAAACCUACUAAUACUUCAAAAAGGUGU